UUCGAAGCUCUGCACUGCAGCGGGGCGACAGCGAGCGACUCGUGAGUUCAGUUGGCUGAGUGAUGUCCACCACCACCACCACCACCAGCACCACCACCUAGCUGGAGGUUCAGUUCGUUGCCCAGGGCCGGGGUUGCUGUUGCCAGCCUUUCUGGCUCCAUCCCAGUGCCAAGCCAGCAUCAUCACCCUUCCCCAAGCUGCGUCAACGGGCAACAACAACAUCCAUUAGUCGACGUCGUUUGACGAUAUCCUCCGUCUAAACUAAAUACUACCAGCAACCGCGAUACCCUUUGAGCCCUGUUUUCCACUUUUGAUAGAUCGCCAUCCCCUCAACGUCCCUACACCUCACGUCUUCGUCGUCUUACACUCGACAUCGAUCCAAGUUAGCUCUGCCCGCCACGAGCUUCCCCUCCCAAGGACGACGACGACAUCACAUCCUCCAUCACCGUCCUUCGGAGACCCGAACCACCACCACCACCACCACCACAACACCUAUUCCCUAGAGUGCCUUCAUUAACACCCGCCAAAAUGUCACAAGUUCACGCCUUGUCCGACGAUCAGGUCGGACAAGAGCUCCGCAAGAUGACGGCCUUCAUCAAGCAAGAAGCCGAGGAAAAGGCGCGCGAGAUCCAGAUCAAGGCCGACGAGGAAUUCGCCAUUGAAAAGUCCAAGCUGGUCCGCCAGGAGACGGACGCCAUCGACUCGGCCUACGCCAAAAAGUUCAAGCAGGCCCAGAUGUCGCAGCAGAUCACGCGGUCGACAAUGGCCAACAAGACGCGACUCCGGGUCCUGGGCGCGCGCCAGGAGCUGCUGGACGAGAUCUUUGAGGCCGCCAGCGCCCAGCUCGGCCAAGCCACCCACGACCUGGGCCGCUACAAGGACAUCCUCAGGGACUUGAUCCUCGAGGGCUUCUACGCCAUGAACGAGCCGGAGCUGGUGAUCCGCGCGCGCCAGGCGGAUUAUGACGCGGUCAGGGAGGCGGCGGGGUGGGCGAGCGCCCAGUACAAGCACAAGACGGAUAAGGAUGUCAAGGCGACGAUUGAUGCGGAGAAUCCCGUUCCUGAGGGGAGCGCCGGUGGCAUCAUCAUCGUUGGCGGAAACGGCAAGAUCGAUAUCGACAACACCUUCGAGGCCAGGUUGACCCUGCUUAAGGACAGCGCUCUCCCGGCGAUGCGCAAGGCUCUGUUCGGUGAAAACCCCAACCGCAAGUUCUUCGAUUAAAUGCACCACUUUUUUGGAAGGCUGCGAAUGCGCAGAAGGCCUACAACAAAGCUACGGCACCUGGUGUCCAGGAAAGUGAGAAAGGGGUCCUGUGGACAAAUCUCCAGAGUGAGACGAAAGCCGGAGGUGUACACCAGAGCGUUGGGUGCUUACUUACUACUCGUUGUUUGAUGAUGUUCAAUGACAAAGACGACAAGUUAAGCCAAGAAAAGGUUGGCGAAGGAGUAUGGUAGGUGGUUAUGGAUGAUGGACGAAUGCAUGCAUGGAGGAUUAUCAUGUUAGAGUUUUGUAUGAUACAGUUGUUUUCGCUGUUUUCCCCUCUUGUUUAUCGCAAAGCAACUGUUGUUUCACGCUGUUGGCAUCCUUUGAGUUCCUCUAGACUUUGCCAAUCUUUGAGAACUGUACGUUUCCUGACAUGGCCAACCAUUUACCUCGUAUCUUAACGCUUCUAUAUUGCCUUUCAUUCCAUAUACCGCAGACGAACAAACAGGCAAAGCAAGCCGAAUAUACACCGUACCCAAUAACCCACAAAGUUCAUCAGUAGUAAACAGAGUUCCUCAUAACGCUCAAACACCAAACAUGUCCAUAUAUCCCAGUAAAAGCCCCCAUUCAAGCCUCCUCCGUCUUCGCUGCCCCCGCCGUCGUCUUCCCCAAAAACCUCCUCAUAAACAUCUUUUGCUCCACCCCCUCCCUCUCCCUUCUCUGUUCCCGCUCCCUCUCCUCCUCACUAUCCACGUCCUCCCCCUGCUUCCCAUACCCAGUACUACCACCACCCAAGAUCCCCGCCCCUCCUCCCGCAGACCGAAUCCCAAAGAUAUUCGUCCUGCUCACCGGCUUCGUCCUAACCGCCCACUCCAAUUUUCUCUCCAAGUCUUUUAGCUUGACUUUGGCUUCCAAUCGAGAAAUCUCUGCCGUUGACCCGGAUUGGUCGUGUAUGUUGGACCAAAGAGUGCGGAUGCGGCGGGUGAGGAGGUCGAUUUGGCGGUUAUGCGAUUUGGUUUCGGGGUUUAGUGUUGUUGUGGUGGAUGUUGUUGUUGUUGUUGUUGAUUUAGGGAACGGAAGGGAACCAGAACCAGAAGAAGAAGAAGAGGGAGGGGGAGGAUCGCCGUCGCCGAUGGAUAUGCGUAAUAGGUCGGUUUGGGCCGAGAGAACAAAGUAAUCGGCGGACGAGGAAGAACGGGUCGUCUGAAAGUGGGGAGAGAUGUCGAGGUAGGAGAGAAGUAAAGGGAAGGAAAAAGUCUGGGAAGGGUCGUGGAGGGAAAAUUCUUGGAUGGGGGAAGAGGGGAUCUUCUUGGAUGAUGAUGAUGAUGAUGAUGAUGAUGAUGAUAGAGAAGAAGGGGGGAAAGAGGGUAAAAGAGAGGUGGAAGCGGAGGCGAAGAGGAAGGCGAGCGCUAGGCGGCGGCGGAGGUUGACUAGUUUCGGGGUUUGGUAGGGUAGGGCACGGAGGGCGUCCGAGAGGAGGGAGGAGUCCGUGGUUAGGGCGUAGAGACUGCUGCAGCAGGAGAGGCAGAAGGCGUCGAAAGAGGAAGAGGGCACGGCUUCGACGAGGUUGAUGAGGGUGUGUCGAAAGGUGGAGUGCAGGUCCGGGUUGCGCCGGAUGAGGGCGUCCAUGCCGAGGCGGAGGAGGAGGGUCGUAGAGCGGGUGAGGGAGUCAAUGGACAGGCCGUGGGCGGUCUCGGAUAGGAUGCGCAGGACGGUGCGGAGAGGGGUCCAGUCCCGGUCGAUGUUGUAGGGACGGCCGGGGUCGGGCUUCGUUUGCUGCCCAGUGCCGUCUUCUGAUGGUGAUGGCGUCUCGAUACAUCGCUUGGGUGUGCCG